GUGGUGGUGGUACCUUUAAUCCCAGAAUUCCAGCACUCAGAGACCGGUGAAUCUCUUGAGUACAAGGCCAGCCUGGUCUACAGAGCCAAAGCCAGUAGAAAAACACGGCCUCCCCGGGCAUGGUGGCACAGGCCUUUAAUCCCAGCACUCAGGAGGCAGAGGCUGGCAGAUUUCUGAGUUCGAGGCCAGCCUGGUCUACAAAGUGAGUUCCAGGACAGCCAGGGCUAUACAGAGAAACCCUGUCUCAAAAAACAAAAAAACAAAACAAAAAAACCAAAAACCCCAAAAAAACCCACCCCAAAAUUAAAACAAAACAAAACAAAACAAAAAAAACCUUAUCGUCUCAAAAACAAAAACAAACAAAAAACUGUUGGCUCUUCUUGUCGAUUCAAUGAUUAUUGGGCCAGUGAUGUUCUCAGUCACUGUGCUGUGAAGAUAAGACAUUUAAAAAGCAAUUUCUGCCAUCAGGAGGUGAAGGACGACAGCCAGCCUUAAGAUAAAGUGGGUGCAGGGCUGCAAAUAGAGCUUGGUGUAACAAGCUUGCCCAGCAGGCAUGAGGCCCUGGGUUCAGUUCCCAGAACAGAAGGAUAAAUGGGUCCAGUGCCUUUGAGGCACUGACGAAGCACUGCCUAGAACUGUCCAGAAGCUGGAUAGAGCUGGGGAGAUUCUAACCUUUGCUGCGGCCACAGGACAUUCAGGGGCUACUGACCGUAUCCUGUGGGUCUCUGUUCAAGCUAUGUCCAGUCCAGUUCUAUCGUCCAGUUCCAUGGUCAAUCUUAUUUUGUUUUGUCUUGUUUUGUUUGAGAGAGGGUCUCUUUGUGUAGUUCUGGAGCUGUCCUGGAGCUCAGUAUGCAGAUGAGGCUGGCCCCCAAUUCCCAGAGAUUCUCCUGCCUCUUCCUCUGGAAUGCUGGGAUCAGCUGUGUGUGCCACAUGUCAGUUGCUUCCAUAUCAGUUCCUGACAGGAUCAUGAAGGACACAGGGGUUGUGUCUGUUCUUGUCCUUCGUCCUUAGUCAUAAGGAUGAUGGCCACAGGGACUGCUCCAGUCCCAGGAGAAUCACUGGACCAUGACACGGGGCUUUGUUAGCAGCAGAGGAACGGAGCCGGAAGGAUGGCGUGUGAUGUUUGAGUUACACCCAGUGAUUAAGGCUUUCCUCUGCGGCUCCAUCAGCGGGACCUGUUCCACGCUCCUCUUCCAGCCUUUGGAUCUCCUCAAAACCCGUCUGCAGGCCCUGCAGCCCUCAGACCUAGGGCCCAGACGUGUUGGGAUGUUGGCUGUGUUCUUGAAGGUGGUUCGCACAGAAAGUCUCCUGGGCCUUUGGAAAGGGAUGUCUCCUUCCAUUGUGAGAUGUGUCCCUGGAGUGGGGAUCUACUUUGGCACCCUGUAUUCUUCGAAGCAGUAUUUCUUGCGAGGCCAUCCUCCCACCGCCCUGGAGUCGGUCAUCCUGGGCAUGGGCUCCCGCUCUGUGGCAGGAGUCUGCAUGUCACCCAUCACAGUGAUCAAGACACGCUAUGAGAGUGGGACUUACAGCUAUGAGAGCAUCUAUGCAGCCCUGAGGAGCAUCUACUGCAGCGAGGGCCACCGUGGCCUCUUCAGGGGCCUGACAGCAACUCUCCUCCGUGAUGCCCCCUUCUCAGGGCUCUACCUGAUGUUUUACAGUCAGACCAGGACCGCAGUGCUGCACGGCACAGCCCAGCUGGAUGCUGCUCUGAUACCCCUUAUUAAUUUCUCCUGUGGGAUAUUUGCUGGCGUUCUGGCUUCACUGGUGACUCAACCUGCAGACGUGAUCAAAACUCACAUGCAGCUCUCCCCAGUGAAGUUUCAGUGGAUUGGCCAAGCAGCCACUCUCAUCUUCAAGAACCAUGGGCUGCGUGGCUUCUUUCAUGGCAGUGUUCCCCGAGCCCUCCGAAGAACGCUGAUGGCUGCCAUGGCGUGGACCGUCUAUGAAGAGAUGAUGGCCAGGAUGGGCCUGAAGUCCUGACGAGAGAGAGCUGGUUCCUGCCAUGAGCUGCUGCAGCUCACUCCCGGAGUCAGGUGAAGACUGCGCUGUCUGAAGAGCCAGGCACAAGUGCCGUCACCUUUUUUCCAGAAUUCAGAGAGAGUGGCUGGGUGGCUGGAGCCAUAGGCAUGGAGUUGCCAGUACCUACCGCUCUGUGCACACUUCCCGUCAGUGCCGCGGGGCUGGAUCGAGCUUGGCUGCCCACAAGGCUACUUGAGAGGAGGCCUCUGCAAGGUCGCUGCUUCAGCCACCUGCCUACUCUACAGGGCGCCUUAGAAUAUUGGUAAUGAAGGAAUCCCCCAGUAGAGAAGGUGUGGGCCUCCUGCCAUGUCUGAGGGCAAGAGGCUCAAGUUAGGGAAGACUGGACCUAAGAGAGCUGAGGUGGGCCAGUGAGAUGCCUCAGCAAGGAAAGGUGCUUAACAGAGGCCUGCGUUGGCUCCCAGGACCCAUAUGGUGGAGGAGAGAAUUGCUGCAAGUUGUCCUGAUUUCCUCACAUGCACCCAGACCCAAUAAACAAAUAAAUGUAUUACUUUUUAAAAUAAAGACAUCACCAGGGUG